AUGGCGGAUGAAGAAGAGCCAGUGGAAGGAGGCGAAGAGGAGGAGGCGGCGGCGCCGGAGGGCGAGGCGGAAGGCGAAGGCGCGGCCGAGGGCGAAGCGGAGGGGGAGGGCGAGGGAGGAGGUGACGAAGGCGGAGGAGAGGAGGAGGGCGCCGCUGGCGAUCAGCCCAAGGGGAAGAAGGAAGGAGACGAAGAGGAGGAAAUGGGCUCCGAGGAGGACAGCGACCUCGAGGGCGAGGAGAGCAGCGAGGCCAUCGCCAUGGCGCUGAGCGAGCAGCCCUGCUCCGACGACCGCAUCCUCGAGGAACUGCUGCACGCCUCCAACAUGGCCUACCAGCGCGCCGCCAAGAUCGACGAGAUCAAGGCCGCCAUCAAGGACUGGGAGCGGAGCAAGACGAAGGAAGGCGAGAAGCCGCCGGGGGAAAUCCUGCGCCAGCGCGAGGACCUGCUGCAGCAGCUGCGAGAGUUCGACUCCAUCGCGCGCAAGAUCGACCGCCUGUGCGCGCUCACCGACAAGUACAGCUCGGAGGACUUCCUGCCGCGCAUCAAGCGCGAGUCGAUCGCGGCGGCGGUGGGCAAGCGCCUGUCGGAGCUGCUGGACAUGAUGGAGAAGGAGCUGCUGAUGGCCCCCGAGCACACGUGCUGCGCUUACUGCUCGCAGGAGGCCACCCUGCCCAAGGUGGUGGUGUGCGGCCCCAAGGACCACGUGCCCAUGAUCGUCUUCUGCGACCCGGGCGGCAAGAAGCUGGGCCAGCCCAAGGGCUGCGAGCCCGGCCUCUGCACCAAGGGGGGUGAUGUGAAGAUCCAGGUGCCCAAGGGACCGCAGUUCGCCACCAGGAAAGAGUGCCAGUGA